UCGUCAGCUGUUGUCUUUUAUGUCAGUGUACUGUUAUACGUUUGUUAAUCGUAGCUAUGUGGUGCAUAAUAUUUCUUUGUUUAAAUUUGUCGUCUCAUUCGAUGUGAUACGCUUUUAAAAAGAAAAAGAUUUAUCGUUGAACUGUAUGUUACCUCGUAGUGUUUAAAUUACGCUUUUACUAUAAGUUUUCGUGGUGUUACGUUUACUUAAGAUAUCUGUAGAAAUGAUGGCCACUAGUCCAACCACCAGCGCUGUUCGCACACUUUCUAUGGAGUAUAAAAGUUUACAAGAAGAACCAGUUGAAGGAUUCCGCGUAAAGCUUGCCCAAAAUGAUAAUUUGUUCGAUUGGGAAGUGGCUAUUUUUGGCCCUCCAGAAACGCUUUAUCAGGGAGCUUAUUUCAAAGCACAAAUGAAGUUCCCGUCAGAUUAUCCUUAUUCGCCGCCCAGUAUUCGUUUUCUCAAUAAGAUAUGGCAUCCAAAUGUCUACGAGAAUGGUGAUCUCUGCAUAUCAAUUUUACACUCGCCUAUAGAUGACCCACAAUCAGGAGAACUUCCAUGUGAAAGAUGGAAUCCAACGCAGAACGUUCGAACAAUAUUACUCUCUGUUAUAUCGUUGUUAAAUGAACCUAACACCUGUAGUCCAGCCAAUGUAGAUGCGUCGAUUAUGUACAGACGUUGGAAAGAUUCAAAAGGCAAAGAUACAGAAUACGAAAAUAUCAUAAGAAAACAAGUAUCAAGUACUCGACACGAGGCAGAAAAAGAUGGCGUUACUAUACCCAUGACAUUGGAAGAUUACUGCGUGAAAACGAAAGUACGCCCGCAAGACGAAUCUCUCGAUAUGACCGAUUUUUACGUCGAUGAUUUCGAUGACUCCGAUGACUGCGAGUCAGAUAUCGAUGAUGCCGACGAAGCAGACAAAGACGAUAGUGGAAACGAAGAAUCGUAAUGCAUUUUUCUCGUUUAUUGUACCUAUGUUCCCCAUGCCGAGGUGGAGAUGUAAACGUGAUGCAAGUAUUUUGAAACAAACCCCAAAUACCAAUGGGGGUAUUUCUCCUCCUCUUUUUUUUACUCGUUGCAAAAACAAAUUUAAAUUUACUCUGUUAGGGUCUUUUUUUUUUUUUUGAAAAAAUUUUCCUCUUGUUUUCCUAAUUCUUCAUGUAACACAUUAUUAAAGUGACUAUGUAAUUUCGAAUCAAUCGUUGUAAAUCAGUUUUUUUUACCAGCUUCGAAGUAAUAAUCGUGUUAUUAUUGUGUAAUUUGUGUACAAAAAUUUCAAUGUAGAGGUAUUUUUUUUUAUUUCUUAAUUUAGUAAAUAUUUGGCGUGUAAAUUUUGUAUUUUAUACCUUUUUGAAUUCGCUCGUAGAGGUAUUUGCGUGUAAAAAUUUGCAAAAAAGGAAAUCCAGAGUCUUCUUAUAGAUACAAAUCGAUGUAGGCGUAAACUUAAUUAAUCCUCGCUUAUUAACGAACGUAGGGUAUUUGUAUGAUUUUUCAGUUGCUUUAAUAUUUUGCAUUUGUUCGAUUGCCGGCAAUUAAACAAAGGCUCCCUUUAUUUUAAUCAAGACGUGAUCGUGAUUAUUUCUUGACGUUCAAAAUGUUCAAUCGAUUCACGCUAUCGCUAAAAAUCCGCUGAGAAAACUGAAAAAGGUUUUAUUAUAAACGGAAAACAGUUAUUUUAUUUACAUGAAGCAUUUCCUAGCGGUUUUCUUAACAUAACAUUAUUUUGUUCAUGGCGUUUUAUAAAAAUGGCAAAAUUACAAGAAUGAAUUGUCGUUGAAGUUCUCAUUUCAUGUAGCUUAAAUACAUACACACAAAUGAAAUUUUACUAACAUCCUCCCGAUAAUACAUAUUAUAAAAAUAAUAUAAUUGUACUGCUGUUGUUCCUGAAACAUUUUAGUAUCGUUAUACAAAACCACUGUACGUAAGUUGCAUAUCUACCUCUUCAAAUAUAAAUAUUUUCUUAUU